UAUUAGAAACAAUGUUGGCUACUAGUAACAAGUGCAUCGCUACUAGUAACAACUGCCUUAGUAGCAGUAACAAGAAGCUAUUAGAAACAAUAAGCAGUUGCUCCAAGACCUAUAGGCAGAGGGGGGCCGCUAAGAGGACGAACCGCUAAGGGGGUCAUUCCUUAGCUUGAGGAGCUUCUUGGGCUUGGAGGUAGUGGUUCCUAGAGUCCUAGAACUUUUUGGGGAAACCAGAUAGUAAGUAGUAAGAUUACUGUAUGUGUUUCUGUACCUACGAGCAAUGGCCUCCAACUUACUAGCAAUGGCCUCCAACCUACUAGCGAUGGCCUCCAACCUAAUAGGAAUGGAUGGCCUCCAACCCAAUGACGAUGGCCUCCAACCGAGUAGCGAUGUAAGGGUCGGUUUCUAGAAUUCAUAUUAUACUUGCUGAUCAAGAAUUCCAGAUUCCUGUCCGGGCGCCUCCUCUAUCUGCGUCUGGAGCCGUCUGCGUCGGGGUUGAACCCAUCAGCCCUGAAAAUGCGUAGGCAAUCUAUAUGGUGGACCGGUUUUGGCAAGGUGAAACAGCGGACGGACAACCUGUCACCAACGUGAAUCUUGUCGUUCAUCAUCGUUUUCGAGCGGUUCCUGUGCGUUGUUUUCCUUGAAGUGAGGAUCUCUUGAAAAGUUUGGAGUGCCAGUAAUUUUUUUGAAGGCCAUUUGUGUCACCAGUUUGGUGGACAAGUAUUUCUGAGAAGCAAGACUGACUUCCCUUCACAUGUAUCCACCAGCCCACGGCUGCGAGCUUCUCCUUUCUGCUUCUUUGUCGAAGCUAGUUCUUACCUCGACAUGUUUGCUUAGCAGUUUCCCAACUUCAUGACUUCCUCCCGUCAAAAGUCAUUUAAGAGGCACAGCACUUUUGGAUCGCAGCACAGAUCCUUGAAUCAGAUUGAAUCGGAUCUCCAUGUGUUCUAUUUGUGAGAUAGGUCAACCGCCACUCCAAGUGGGCAGCUCUGCGAUUGAGGAAGUAUCGGAUGAAUUCCUCGGGUCCUCAAUGCCCGGGCCUGCUGGGCGACUUUGUGUACCUGAGCCCUCACACAAGUCUCAGCGUGUCACAGCUCCAGAGCAAGAUGCGGUGGUACAUGGACCAGCCUCGAACACUCUCAAGGACAAUACCUCCUUGUCCCUCCAGUUGUAUGGCCUCGAAUGGUCUCCAUGCCAUCGACCAAUUCGCGCUGGUGCUGGCACUAGGAGAAGCUGUGAGGCCAUCUGGCCAAGGCUGCUUCUCAUUGGAUGUGGAGAAGUAUUCACAUUGGUAUCCUCGCACACCAAAGACGCAGGUGACGCAUGACAAGACGAUGGAUGCUUGCAUUAUGGAGGUGGACCCCACCGAGGAGGAGGCGCAGUUGAAAAUCCUUUUCGCAGCAAUUGUGCUCCUGUUCACUGCGGUUCUCUCGCUGCUUUGCGCGUUUACUGAAGAGAAGGGGAAUGAAGAUUUGAAUGAUUGGCGAAACAUGUGCACUUCCUAAGAGAGUGCUUUUCAAGCUUGCGACUUUCUGGAAAAUGGAGCAUGCUUGUUGCGCACUUCCGAUUCUUGACUUUAGAUCAAGAAACCUGACAAGUAGUUUGUCUGAAAGAUCAAGCGCAUCACAGAAGCUUAGUUGCAUUUUUGCUUCCUGCCUUGCUGUUCCUUUGUUCAGCUCAUCGGUUUUGUUGUAGCCAUCGCAAUCACAGGAGGGAUGGCGCCGG